ACUGUUCGAGUAGAGAUUUUGCAGAAAUACUAAAUCAUAUGUCCACGUAACUGACCUCUCCAUUAAUUUGCUCGAUCAAUCCUGAAUAGGAAAACCAGGCUAGUUCAAAGCACACCAUUUUGCUUGUCCAAUUCAUUAAGAAAUCAACACAAACCUUCAAUUCCGAAACACUGCUAAUGACUUGGUAAUUGUUAGUUACAGUCAAAUUUAAAAUUCUCUGAAGUUUACAGAACUUAUAAAUGCAUUCGUGAGUCACACAGCUUCAACAACCAAUAACAAGUGAGAAAAUGAUCGAACACAGAACUCUCCAUAUAACCGAACUGCUGAACAAAGCACUGGAGCCUGGAACGAACCAAACUGAUUUUCCAAAGCUUCUUCUCAUAUCAUCUUCUUCUCUGCCCUUGCGCCGUACGACCUAUCAAUGUUCAGAGUUAUCAUACUGGCAUUAAAAAAAUACAGUGCGUCUACACAAUCUUUUUAACGAUAGUCCAUAAUGCUUUAUGAUGAACAGAGUUUUUGAACUUGUUAACAUCCACACCUAUUUGCAGACUUAAUAAGAGAAUGAAAGCUGUUGAAGUGAUUAUGUAUUCAAUUAUCUAGUUUUCUAACAUUUCCUUAGUUCAAUGUAGGAUUGCUUGGUCAUGUUUGGUUCAAUGGUAUGGCUGUUUGUGUGAAGAAAGGAAAAAGGGGGAAAAAGAGGGGAAUACUUCGUCAAUUUGGUCAAAAAGGUGGGAAUGAGAUUACACAUUUUCUUCCAAUAAGUGGCAAUAAGGUGGGAGUAGUUAUUAGCACCCUUAAGAUUUUAGUUGUUGCUGAUUCCCACUAACUAGAAGAAAAUAGGUAUAAGCAUUGAACAACCAUACUCAAAACUCUAGCUUACUUUACUUUCCAGUAAAAAUCAUAGAAUAGU